GUCUAAUAAUUCGACUCACAAAUGUAAUACUUUUGGCUAUGUUAGUACUUCUGUUGCAAACAAAAAGUGUGUGUUCUUUCUACACUUGAAAGGGUCAAAUGUGAAGGAUUGAACUAACAAAACCACCGUACAACUCCAUCACAUGAUCAUUGUGCAAAAAAUCAUUGUUAAGACAUGCACAAAAUCCUUGCCUGACCAAACUGCAAGGACCCAAAGCUUGGUCAAAAAAACCUUCACCAACUCAAAACAUAACCAUAUUGUCUCUUUACAUGUUCUUUGUCUUUAAAACAUCUUUUGUGCAAACAUUGUACAUUCAUCAAACACAAGUCAUAGAAGAAAAAAGAAAACAAGGAAGGCAUUAUUUUCUUAUAUUCUAGCUUCAAUCAUUGCUAAAAAUGUCAACAAAUGAACAUGAGUCAUUAAAGACUGAGACUUUUGUUCUCAAAGUACAUAUAAAUUGUCAAGGGUGUAGGACCAAAGUCAGGAAAGCACUAAGAAAAAUUGAAGGUGUCUAUGAAGUAGACAUAAAUGCAGAAAAUCAAAAGGUAGCAGUCACAGGAGUUGUCAAUCCUUCAACAUUGGUCCAGAAGUUAGCCAAAUUGGGUAAACAUGCAGAGAUUUUGAAUGAAGAUUACAAUCAAGAACACACAGAUGAUGAUGAUGAUGAUAUCAAUGACAAUAGUCAUGAAUAUAUCACAAAUUACCAAAGUGCCUUUGAAAAUCAGUAUAUGAUUCCCAGUUUCUAUGACAAAGAUAGCUAUGGACCUGAAUGGUUUUAUAAUCAUAAUAUCAAUCAACAUUUGGCAGCACAAACACCUUUGUCUUCUGAAACUUUUGACAAUGUGGCCAAUGCAAAUGUGACUAGAAUCAAUGAAUAUCCCAAAUGGAAAAGGCCGGAAAGUUUUGAAGAGAGUAUUUAUGGAACUAAUUACUCUGGCUUAGGGAAUCAAGGAUGGCCAUAUAACUUCCUUGGACCGUCAUCUGUUAUGGACAACAUGCAUGGAUACUACCAUGGUUAUCACCCUUCAAAUUAAUUAUGUUGCUAUUGAGUUAGGAUAAAUAUGUCCUUUUUACUCUCUCAUGUCUAAUUCUGCAUAUUCUGUCAUAAUUUAAUAUAAAUAUUUCAUUACCCUUUUAAUAACUCUCCAGUGUAUAUCCUGAAAAAGGUGAUAAAUGAGGCAACUUUUAACUGCUUAAUUUCUUACAACUUAUGAACAAUAUGGUUUAAGAAAA